GUUUAAAAGUCAAUCUCUACCCCUAAAUACGCGUCUUCUUAACCUUGAUCCUAAUCUCAAAAAAUUUCAACGCCAAAAACCUAAAACUUCACAACUCAAAAUCUAUCCCUAAGCAAUUACCUGUUCAAAUAUUCAUAACACAACUUCUCAGUCCUUCAAAUGUGCUUAUUCAAUCUCUUCUCAAAAGACAAAGACGAAAAGGACGACCUACCGCCUCCACGUCCAACAAGUCUUGGGCGCAGAACACCAGAAGCUACAUCUAGACUCCAAGGAAGCAAAUUCGAUGGCAGUCCAAGACCGUCAGGAGAUAAAGACAAGUACGGCUACGGAGUUGGCUACAGCUCUGGUAAUGGAUCGUUAAGCGUCGGUGGACCGCAUGGCGGACUGUACGGCGGUGUCAACGGUGGUGUCUAUUCUGGUGUUAGUGGAGGACCAAAUGGAGGUGUUAAUGGAGGAGUUUAUGGUGGUGUUUCGGGGACGACGCAUGGUGGAGGAUUGGCGCCUGCUGGAGGGUAUGGGAGUUCGCCUGGAGGAGGACAUGGAUACCUGUGAUUAAAGGGAAGCUGGUUGACGACUUGCCAUUGUUAUUGGUUAGUUUUAAGCGCUGGAGUUUUACCAUGAUACCUCGAACAAAGAUGAGGCUUUGCCGCCUCAGAUUCGGAGCUCUUAUAAUCGGAUCUAAACAUGACCCUCAAAAACAAACCUUCGUCGCAAGUGGGCUCUUGAAUUCACCC